UGCACACAGCGCAGGUCGGUCAGCUCUGUUAACCGGGUGGCACCGACAACACACCGGACUCCCUCACCGGAACUCUCGAGAGUGGAUUUUACGGACAGAGAGUGAUUUCUUGUGUUUUGUUUUUGUUUGUUUUUUUUCGUUGGGCUUCGCGAGUGUUUGUCUCUUCUAUUUCUUUUUUGCUGCCCCGGAGCAGUGAUCCAGUUUAUUACAAGAGGAAAAGCGAACAAGUGACAUCUAAAGCCGCCCGGUUUGGGUGGAAAUGACAAGCGAGAGACCGGUGACAAUGCCGGGCUCGGUGUCGCUCUCGGACCGACAACCUCCUCCAGGUCACCGGCAACACGCGGCCGCAGUCUCCGCUGCCGCCGGUGAGACAGUGAUGAUGUCCGGCUCAGGCUCAGUGCUCCUCCCGGCUGGGAUUAUGAAUCCAUCGGUUCCAAUCCGGAAUAUCAAAAUGAAAUUUGCUGUUGUCAUCGGACUGAUCCAGGUUGGAGAGGUUAGCAACCGGGAUAUUGUUGAAACGGUGCUGAAUUUGUUGGUGGGUGGUGAGUUUGAUCUGGAGACAAACUUCAUUAUCCAGGAUGCGGAAAGCAUCGGCUGCAUGGCGGAGCUGUUGGAGCACUGCGACGUCACCUGCCAGGCUGAAAUCUGGAGCAUGUUCACCGCCAUUCUUCGAAAAAGUGUUCGAAACCUGCAAACAAGCACUGAGGUGGGCCUCAUCCAACAGGUGCUGCUCAAAAUGAGCUCGGUGGAUGACAUGAUUGCAGACUUGCUAGUGGACAUGUUGGGAGUGCUGGCCAGCUACAGCAUCACAGUGAAGGAGCUGAAGUUGCUGUUCAGCAUGCUACGAGGGGAAGGAGGCCUCUGGCCAAAGCAUGCGGUCAAAAUGUUGUCGGUGCUGAAUCAGAUGCCCCAGAGACACGGCCCAGAUGCCUUCUUCAACUUUCCUGGUCGCAGUGCAGCAGCCAUUGCUUUACCUCCGAUUGCCAAGUGGCCUUAUCAAAGUGGGUUUACAUUCAACACCUGGUUCAGAAUGGAUCCCUUGAAUAACAUCAAUGUUGACAAGGACAAACCAUAUCUCUACUGCUUUCGUACCAGCAAGGGCAUUGGGUACUCUGCACAUUUUGUUGGUAACUGCUUGAUCGUGACAUCACUCAAGUCUAAAGGAAAAGGUUUCCAGCACUGUGUGAAGUAUGAUUUUCAGCCCAGGAAGUGGUACAUGAUCAGUAUAGUUCACAUCUACAGCCGCUGGAGGAACAGUGAAAUCAGAUGCUACGUUAACGGACAGCUUGUUUCUUAUGGAGACAUGGCAUGGCACGUCAACACAAAUGACAGUUAUGAUAAGUGCUUCCUCGGGUCCUCUGAGACAGCAGACGCUAACAGAGUAUUCUGCGGGCAGCUAGGAGCUGUCUACGUGUUCAGCGAAGCCCUCAAUCCCGCUCAGAUAUUUGCAAUUCAUCAGCUAGGACCAGGCUAUAAGAGCACGUUUAAGUUCAAGUCAGAGAGUGAUAUCCACUUAGCUGAGCAUCACAAGCAGGUGUUGUAUGACAGCAAGUUGGCCAGCUCCAUCGCCUUCACCUAUAACGCCAAGGCCACUGAUGCCCAGCUCUGCCUGGAGUCCUCGCCUAAAGAAAAUGCCUCCAUCUUCGUGCACUCACCACACGCCCUUAUGCUACAGGAUGUAAAAGCCACAGUGACUCACUCCAUCCACAGCGCCAUCCACUCCAUUGGUGGGAUCCAAGUGCUCUUCCCACUCUUUGCUCAGCUGGACUACCAUCAGCUGAACGACAGCCAGGUGGAACCCACUGUAUGUGCCACUCUCCUGGUCUUUCUGGUUGAGCUGCUCAAGAGCUCUGUGGCCAUGCAGGAGCAGAUGCUGGGAGGAAAAGGCUUUUUGGUGAUUGGAUACCUGCUAGAGAAGUCAUCACGUGUACACAUCACCAGGGCUGUAUUAGAGCAGUUCCUCUCCUUCGCAAAGUAUCUGGACGGUCUGACCCAUGGUGCACCACUGCUGAAACAGCUUUGCGACCACAUCCUGUUCAAUGCUGCCAUCUGGAUCCACACCCCUGCCAAGGUACAGCUCUCUCUAUACACAUACCUUUCGGCUGAGUUCAUUGGCACGGCAACCAUCUACAACACGAUACGUCGAGUGGGCACAGUGCUUCAGCUCAUGCAUACACUAAAGUACUACUACUGGGCCAUCAACCCUGCAGACAGCAGUGGCAUCACACCAAAGGGUCUUGAUGGUCCAAGGCCGACCCAGAAAGAAAUAAUUUCUCUGCGGGCGUUCAUGCUUCUCUUCCUCAAGCAACUCAUCCUGAAGGACCGAGGUGUGAAGGAGGAUGAGCUGCAGAGCAUCCUGAACUAUUUGCUAACAAUGCAUGAGGAUGAGAACCUACAUGAUGUGUUGCAGUUGGUGGUAGCUCUCAUGUCUGAGCAUCCAGCCUCCAUGAUCCCUGCUUUUGACCAGAGAAAUGGAAUACGGGUAAUCUACAAGCUCAUGGCCUCUAAGAGUGAAAGCAUUCGUGUACAAUCGCUCAAAGUCCUUGGGUACUUCCUUAAGCAUUUGGGCCACAAGAGGAAGGUGGAGAUCAUGCACACACACAGCCUCUUUACUCUCCUGGGAGAGAGGCUCAUGCUGCACACCAACACUGUGACCGUGACGACCUACAACACUCUGUACGAGAUUCUGACAGAGCAGGUGUGCACACAGGUAGUUCACAAACCUCAUCCUGAGCCUGACUCGACUGUCAAGAUUCAGAACCCAAUGAUUCUCAAGGUGGUAGCCACCUCAUUGAAGAACUCCGCCCCCAGCACAGAGCUGAUGGAGGUUCGGCGGCUCUUCCUGUCAGACAUGAUCAAACUUUUCAGCAACAGCCGAGAGAACAGACGGUGUCUGCUUCAGUGCUCCGUAUGGCAGGACUGGAUGUUUUCUCUGGGCUACAUCAACCCUAAGAGCUCUGAUGAGCAGAAGAUCACUGAGAUGGUAUACAACAUCUUUCGUAUUCUGCUUUACCAUGCCAUCAAAUAUGAGUGGGGAGGAUGGCGUGUGUGGGUGGACACACUCUCUAUAGCGCACUCUAAGGUGACAUACGAGGCACAUAAAGAGUACUUGGCUAAGAUGUAUGAAGAGUACCAGCGUCAGGAAGAGGAGAAUAUUAAAAAAGGGAAGAAGGGUUUUGUCAGCACCAUCUCUGGUCUGUCGGCCCAGGGCUCCGGCAUCAAGGGCGCGGUUGAGAUCAGAGAAAUGGAAGAUAACUCUCAGACACCUGAGAGCGAGAAGGAUUAUGAGAGUACAGACUCGCGCAACCUGCUGGCUGAAGGGAAGGGGCCUGAAGAGGGUCUCAGAGGAACAGAGGGUACGGUAGAUGGGGUCAAGGUUGAAGUUCAUGACCUCCUGGUGGACAUCAAGGCUGAAAAGGUGGAGGCUACGGAGGUUAAGCUAGAUGAUAUGGACUUAUCCUCUGAAACUCUGGGUGUAUCUGAGAAUGGAGCACUGGUGGAGGUGGACUCUUUGUUGGACAAUGCUUACUGUGCUGCUGUGGAAAAGCUCAACAGUAAUGUCAACAGUGUGUUGUUGCCAAAGGGCAGCACGGAUGACCAAAAUGCACCCCCUCUCAUUACUCUAGAUGAUGACAAGGACACCAUACCUAACAGCAACAACUUCCUAUUCGGCAAGGUGGCAGGCAGCAUGGAGGACAAGCUACUGCCUGAUCUCAGUCCAGCUCAGCCUCUGGUCCUGCCCAGCCCAGAGCCUCCAGUCUAUACCAGCACCAAUGAUGAACUGGGGCUUCUUGCUCACAUGACAGGCAGCUCUGAGCUUGGCUCCUUACCCAGUAUCCUGGAGGAUGAGUUUGAACUGCAGGCAGCCUUGGAGGGCAUCAGCUCUGUGGCUGGUACAGAGGCUGAGGUCUCUUCCAAAAGCCCAGAGGUCACUGAGGGCACAGCUGCAGUGGCAUCUGAAGAUCCCUCGACUGUUAAGACCAGCAGUGCAGCAGAUACAACAAGCAACAAUUCUGACACAGAGAGAUCAGACGAUGGCAAAGACAAGGAGAAGAAGAUUCAGACGACCGCCACCACACAGAGUCUACAUGGCCGCAUAGCCACUCAGAUGGAGAGGGACAUACGGGUUGACUUGGGCUUCAGGGGGAUGCCCAUGACAGAGGAACAGCGACGUCAGUUCAGCCCUGGCCCACGCACCACCAUGUUCCGCAUCCCAGAGUUCAAAUGGUCAGCAAUGCACCAGAGACUGCUUACUGACCUGCUGUUUGCACUGGAGAGUGACGUCCAUGUCUGGAGGAGCCACUCCACCAAGUCUGUCAUGGACUUUGUUAAUAGUAAUGAGAACAUUAUUUUUGUCCACAACACUAUCCACCUCAUCUCACAAAUGGUAGACAACAUCAUUAUCGCUUGUGGAGGCAUCUUGCCCCUUCUCUCAGCGGCCACCUCUCCUACAACGGAGCUGGAGAACAUCGAGGCAACACAGGGCAUGUCCUCAGAGACCGCCAUCACUUUCCUGUCCCGUCUCAUGGUCAUGGUAGACGUGUUGGUGUUCUCAAGCUCCCUCAACUUCAGUGAGAUCGAGGCUGAGAAGAACAUGUCCUCUGGUGGCCUGAUGCGUCAGUGCCUCAGACUUGUGUGUUGUGUGGCUGUUAGGAACUGUCUGGAGUGCAGGCAGAGACACAGGAACAGGGGAAAUAAGUCUUCCAUUCCCAACAACCACAAGACUCAGGAAAUCCUACUAAAUGCUGUGUCUUCCAGCAAGACAGCCAUAGAGACUGUCCCUAGUAACCUGUCUCCCAUCAAGGACCCUGAUCGCCUUCUGCAGGAUGUGGACAUCAAUCGACUACGUGCUGUGGUGUUUCGUGAUGUGGAUGACAGUAAACAAGCCCAGUUCCUGGCUUUAGCUGUGGUGUACUUCAUCUCUGUCCUCAUGGUCUCCAAGUACCGCGACAUUCUGGAGCCUCAACGUGAGACUGCCAGGAUAAGCAGCCAAUCCGGCCGCAGCAUGCGUCAGGAGAUCAACUCACCAACCAGCACAGAAACACCGCUAGUAUUUGACAACAGUAAGGACCAUCUUACACAAUCAGAAGACCUCCACAUGGAAAGCUCCCUUCCCCACACAGACUCUGGUAUCGGAGAGGACCAGGUAGCCAGCAUCCUUAAUGGGUCUGACCUGGACCACGGCGCAGGAGGGCCAGAUGCCAUGAGUGAGCUCAUAUCUACUCUGUCCUCAGAGGUGAAGAAGUCCCAGGAAAGUCUGUCCGAAUCCCCCAGCAUGGAAGUGCUGAAAUCCUCCUCCUCUAUCAUUAGCAUUAGCCAGCCCAAAAGGGGCAUCAAUGUCAAGGAGAUUCUGAAGAGCCUGGUGGCAGCUCCAGUGGAGGGCAUGGAGGCUGGGCUGGAGCCUGUGUCCUACCCGGACCCUACCAAGGCCCAAGCCCAGGCCAUGCUACCCAUGCAGUUUCACUCCUUUGACAGGAGUGUGGUGGUGCCUGUGAAGAAAACCUCCCCUGGCAGCCUGGCAGUGAACACAGUGGGAAGCAGUACCACCACCACCUCUUCUGGGCUGACAGCUGGCAGCACCCCCAACAUCUUUGCUGCUGCCUCUGCGACCCCCAAAAGCAUGAUCAAUACCACGGUAUUACUACAAAGCUGGAGAGAGCCUUGGAGAAGGUGGCACCUUUGCUGAGAGAAACCUUUGUGGACUUUGCACCCUUUCUGUCACGCACCCUGCUGGGCAGCCAUGGACAGGAACUGCUCAUAGAAGGUCUUGUGUGUAUGAAGUCAAGCACUUCAGUGGUGGAGCUUGUCAUGCUGCUUUGUUCUCAGGAGUGGCAGAACUCCAUUCAGAAGAAUGCUGGCCUGGCCUUCAUUGAGUUAAUCAACGAAGGAAGGUUGCUCUGCCAUGCCAUGAAGGACCACAUAGUUCGGGUUGCCAACGAGGCUGAGUUCAUCCUGAACAGACAGAGAGCAGAGGACGUCCACAAACACGCAGAGUUUGAGUCCAACUGUGCCCAAUAUGCCGCUGACAGAAAAGAAGAAGAGAAGAUGUGUGACCACCUGAUCAGUGCUGCUAAACACAGAGACCAUGUGACAGCCAACCAAUUAAAGCAAAAAAUCGUCAACAUCCUCACCAACAAGCACGGUGCCUGGGGGACACUGGCCCAGAGUCAGCUGCAUGACUUCUGGCGCCUGGACUACUGGGAAGAUGACCUGCGCCGGAGGCGGAGAUUUGUCAGAAACCCAUUUGGCUCCACCCACUUAGAUGUCACAUGCAAGUCACUGCAGGAGUAUGGCACAGAGGAGGACGAGGUUGUCAAGUCUACGAAGGUCUUCCGCAGCCAAACUGUGGUCAGCCAGAACCCCGAGACAGAGUUGGUGCUGGAAGGAGACGACGAUGCCGUCAGCCUGCUGCAGGAGAAGGAGAUGGACAACCUGGGUGGCCCAGUGGUCCUGAGCAGCCCGGCCCAGCUUGUUGCCCCUGUCCUGGUGGCCCGGGGGACUCUUUCCAUCACCACCACUGAAAUCUACUUCGAGGUAGACGAGGAUGAUCCUGCCUUCAAAAGGGUCGACCCAAAGGUCUUGGCAUACACUGAGGGUUUACAUGGGAAGUGGAUGUUCAGUGAGAUUCGGGCGGUAUUCUCCAGACGCUAUCUCCUGCAGAACACAGCAAUGGAGGUCUUUAUGGCCAACAGAACAUCAGUCAUGUUCAACUUUCCUGACCAGGCCACAGUAAAAAAAGUGGUCUACAGUCUUCCUCGAGUGGGAGUGGGCACCAGCUACGGACUUCCACAAGCCAGGCGCAUCUCCCUGGCUACCCCUCGGCAGCUUUUUAAAUCCUCCAACAUGACCCAGCGCUGGCAAAGGAGAGAGAUCUCCAACUUUGAGUACCUCAUGUUUCUCAACACUAUCGCAGGGAGGACAUACAAUGACCUGAACCAGUACCCAGUCUUUCCCUGGGUUCUCACCAACUACGACUCAGAGGAGCUGGACCUGACCUUGCCAGGGAACUUCAGAGAUCUCUCAAAGCCUGUUGGUGCUCUGAAUCCAAAGCGUGCAGCAUUCUACGCUGAACGCUAUGAGACUUGGGAAGACGACCAGACACCACCUUGUCAUUACAACUCCCACUACUCCACAGCUGCGUCCACCCUGCACUGGCUUGUCAGAAUAGAACCUUUCACUACGUUCUUCCUUUGUGCCAAUAACAACAAAUUCGACCACCCUGACCGCACCUUUUCAGCCAUUGCCCGCUCCUGGAGGAACUGUCAGAGGGACACCUCCGAUGUAAAGGAACUGAUUCCUGAGUUCUACUACCUCCCGGAGAUGUUUGUCAACAGCAAUGGUUACCAUCUGGGAAUGAGGGAGGAUAGGACCAUGGUUUGUGACGUGGACUUGCCAGCAUGGGCAAAGAAGCCUGAAGACCUCGUUAGGAUCAACAGGAUGGCCCUGGAAAGCGAGUUUGUGUCAUGUCAGCUGCAUCAGUGGAUUGACCUUAUUUUCGGCUACAAGCAGCGAGGCCCAGAGGCAGUGCGUGCCCUCAACGUCUUUCACUACCUGACUUACGAGGGCUCCGCCAAGCUGGACAGUAUCGCUGACCCUUCCCUCAGAGAGGCCACAGAGGCACAGAUCCAGAGCUUUGGACAGACGCCAUCUCAGUUGCUUAUUGAGCCACAUCCUCCACGCAGCUCCGCCAUGCACCUGAGUCCUCUGAUGUUCAAGGACCAGAUGCAGCAGGAUGUCAUCAUGGUAUUGAAGUUUCCAUCCAAUUCGCCGGUAACGCAUGUGGCCGCCAACACCCUGCCCCAUCUGACCAUACCUGCUGUGGUCACAGUAACCUGCAGCCGUGUAUUUGCCGUCAACCGAUGGCACAACACCGUUGGUCUCCGAGGAGCACCAGGCUACUCUCUGGAACAGGCCCAUCAUCUACCUAUAGAGAUGGACUCUCUGGUUGCCAACAAUACUGGAAGCAACAAGCGUCAGAUCACAGACCUAGUGGACCAGAGCAUCCAAAUCACCACACACUGUUUCGUGGUGACAGCUGACAACCGCUACAUACUGGUGUGUGGCUUCUGGGACAAGAGCUUUCGUGUGUACUCCUCCGAGACAGGCAAGCUGACCCAGAUCGUUUUUGGCCACUGGGACGUGGUGACAUGUCUGGCCAGAUCAGAGUCUUACAUUGGAGGAGACUGCUACAUCGUCUCUGGGUCCAGGGACGCAACACUUCUGCUGUGGUAUUGGAGUGGACGGCACCAUAUUAUUGGCGACAACCCCAAUAACAGUGACUACCCAGCACCACGAGCAGUUCUGACUGGUCAUGACCAGGAAGUUGUGUGUGUGUCAGUCUGUGCAGAGCUAGGUCUGGUCAUCAGCGGAGCCAAAGAGGGUCCAUGUCUGGUCCACACGAUCACAGGAGACCUGCUGCGGGCUCUGGAGGGGCCAGACCACUAUCAGUGCCCACGGCUCAUCUCAGUGUCCAGCGAGGGCCACUGCAUCAUCUACUACGAGAGAGGCCGCUUCUGCAACUUCAGCAUUAAUGGAAAACUGCUGGCACAGAUGGAGGUCAAUGAUUCCACCAGGGCCAUUCUCCUGAGCAGUGAUGGCCACAACCUGGUCACAGGUGGGGAUAACGGUGUGGUGGAGGUGUGGCAGGCGUGUGACUUCAAACAGCUUUACAUCUACCCUGGGUGUGAUGCUGGUGUCCGAGCCAUGGACCUAUCACACGAUCAAAGAACUUUGAUCACGGGCAUGGUCUCUGGCAGUAUUGUGGCAUUUAACAUCGAUUUCAACCGGUGGCACUACGAGCAUCAAAACAGGUACUGAGUAGAAACAGAUCCACACAGCAGGAGGUAAGUGUGGAGGGUCAGAAACACCUACCAACCAGUGACCAAGCUGUGUGGUAGAAGAUCCAAAGAGCAUGGAAGAUAUCCAGUGGGCUGGGGAACAUCAGCAUGGUGACGCUAAUAAAGAACAAGGUGUGCUUACAUGUCUUCAUCUGGCUUUUUAAAGGCGGACUUGUUGCCAUUCGUCUGUUGCUGAACAAUCUGGACACAUUUUGUGUUGGUUUUCAUGUCUUACCUGGGCAACAGCUGAUGCAUUUCCCCAACUGACUCAAGCAGGUCUGUUGUUCUGGGCAAGGAGAGACUGAGAUCAACUUAAGUUAACACAAUUACACAGUUAAGUUAAUAAAACAUACUUAAUGUAAGGUUUUAAGUUCCUGUUUCAAACUGAGAAAAAUGCAAAACAAAAAAGAAUCCUCUGUUAGGAACAUUUAUACAACAUUUGUAUGGCAGGUACAUAUCUCACUUGGAACACUUUUCUAGGAAAAAAAGUCAACCUGUAAAUAUGGACAGUGUAAAGUGUUUCUUCCCUGUAAAGGCUGAGAUAAAGAUCUAAAUGCUGUUAGACUAGCCACCAUGUUUCCAACAUUUCCAUUAUCCGAGCCAUGGAUAAAUGUUGAAAAAUGUCUUCAUUGCACUUCAGAUAUUAGUUGGUGAGUAAUACAUGUAUAUGGCCAUUGUUUUCUCAUUGUUAUUAACGGUGGUCAAAUGUAUGUGUAUGUGAAAAGACAAAAUGUCCAUUGUUACUUUGUUGUGUUUGAUUGUCUAUAUCGAAGAAAAGUCAAAUUCAGUGUGAGCUUAGUCCUUUGUGAAAUAUUUGGUUUUGAUCAUGUCAGCAAAAAGGAUAAUGUUUCCAUAUUUAUUUGAAAUUGAGAACUAUUUUGUUGAUUGAUGGCAAAGAAUUAAAAUGUCUUACUAUAAGAUCUUAAAAAGAUUAAAGUGGGACAUUGAGAAACAGCAUUUAUCACUUUUUUGUGUUCUUUCAAAAACACAUCCAGAGGACUGAACCAGAUUUAUCGGAUAAUAUGUCAUGACUGUUAAAGUGUUUGUGGUAAAGCUGUAAGACAUUUUGUAAAAGGAAGUGUCAUUUAAAGACAUUCUACAAUUAAUACAGUUACUUGUGCAUAUCACAGUUUUAUAGUUUGCCUAUUUUUGCUUGUCUAUUUUCAGUCUGUGAAUUCAUGAACACCAGUUCAUGCUGUAACACCAUGCAUUGGUAAGCAAUAUUAUGAGUUGGUUUCUGGAAAGGUCCAAGGAAGAUUUUAAGCUGUGUAACAAAAAAAUGAUCUAAUGAUAAACAGCAGUCUUCCAAAAAUGACACUAAUGGUCUAUUUUUGGUGAUAAGAGCUAUUGUGUCCGCAUUUAAUUGCGGGAGAGAGGAGUCUGGCUGUGAGCUGACAAUAUGAAAUGAACAAAAAUAUGCAAAUAGAUUUUGAGUUUGCAUUCUGCAGUUUUUUGUGGUGCUACAUGACGCCACCCUACCCAAAGCUGAAGUUUUGCAUGCUAAGAGCUAGUGAAGGCAUUGGGUUUACUUUGCUUUCCUGUGAAAUCAUUUUCAUUAUUGUGAAUUUAAAUUUCUUUGACAAAAAUCAUUUUGGUAAUGUGUUCAAAUUAAGCAGUGCAUUUUGAUUUCAUGUAAUAUAUUUUAAGAUAAGUUGUGAUUUAUGUUAUGAUUUAUAUAUUUUGGUUUCGCCAAUUGAUUUUGCACAUGUUUUGGAAGAGGUAGGAUAUGUUUGAAGCCUAUGUGAUUAUAUAAAAAUUGAUAAAUUGAUGUAAAUUCAGCUGCUUUCAUUAUUUUUGUUGUGUUUUUAAUAAACUGAAAAAAAUACA